GUGUCGACGACGCACACCUGCGGGAAAGUGCGGGACCUCAAUAGCCUGCGGGACCUCAAUAGCCUGCAUGGUCUGACGUGCAGCUAACGAGGAGUCAAAUGGGGAUGGUGGCUGGUAUCUCGGUCUGCUCUUUCUUUCUCCUGGCGACCGAUGUUCAAGAAAGACAAAGAACCUGAUUUCUGGAUUCGGAAAUACUUUGACGAGAUAUCGGCCCAGUCUCCGCACGUCCCGUGAAACAAACCAGCAAUGACCCAGUCCAACGAUGUCAUUGCCAUCGUCGUCGUGGUCCUCACCGUCGUCUUGCUUGUGGGCGGAUAUGUCACCUGGCGAUGGCGGAGGGCGGUCUUGCUGCGCCGGUCCGUUCAAUAUGAUUCCGAGUCCUCUGGGAGUUCCUUGCCCGCGGUAAUCAUCGAGGACGAGCACGUCCUCAGAGUCCCCGAACGGGUGGUCGUCUCUGAGCGGCGCAGGGUUCGGCAGGUGUCUGGAUACCACGGCGUCGGACGGCCGGGAAUGCAGGAGGCGCCGCCGUUCCGGAGACCCUUCGUCGUCGAUGCUAAUCCAGGUAGCAGGAAGCAUCGCGGUUUCAUUAGCGAGUAUCGCGAUUUCAUUAGCAAGUAUCGCGAUUUUAUUAGCAAGCAUCGCGAUUUCAUUGGCAAGCAUCGCGAUUUCAUUAGCAAGCAUCGCGAUUUUAUUGGCAAGUAUCGCGAUUUUAUUGGCAAGCAUCGCGACUUUAUUGGCAAGUAUCGCGACUUCAUUGGGAAGCAUCGCGACUUCAUUGGGAAGCAUCGCGACUUCAUUGGGAAGCAUCGCGACUUCAUUGGGAAGCAUCGCGACUUCAUUGGCAAGUAUCGCGACUUCAUUGACAACCAACCACAGAUGUGGCGGUGGAGGCGCAAGCAGCCACAUGUGUCUGUGGAGGCGCAGGGGCGCAGGGCCACCGAACCUAAACAAGUGGCCGUAGGCCACUUCCACCUUCCUUCUUAG